UAAGAAAUGGCUACUUCAAACCAUUCUUCAGUGACUGAUUUUAUCCUUGAAGGGUUAACAAAAAGUCCAGAGCUUCAAUUGCUACUCUUCCUCUUGUUUCUUGGAAUCUAUGUGGUCACAGUGGUGGGCAACCUGGGCAUGAUCCUCUUAAUUUUUGUCACUUCCCAACUUCACUCUCCAAUGUAUUAUUUUCUCAGUCAUUUGUCCUUCAUCGAUCUGUGCUACUCCUCUGUCAUUACCCCUAAAAUGCUGGUGAACUUUGUGUCAGAAAGGAACAUUAUUUCCUUUCUGGAGUGCAUGACUCAACUCUACUUCUUCCUUAUUUUUGUCAUUGCAGAAGGCUACCUCCUGAUGGCCAUGGCCUACGACCGUUACGUUGCUAUUUGCAGCCCACUGCUUUACAAUAUCAUCAUGUCUCACAGGGUCUGUUACAUAAUGAUGGCUGUAGUAUACUCGCUGGGUUUGUUUGGGGCCACAGUUCACACCACCUAUAUGUCAAGGCUGUCCUUCUGUGGAUCUCACAUUGUCGGUCAUUAUUUUUGUGAUUUACUGCCCUUAUUGACCUUGUCUUGCUCCAGCACUCACAUUAUUAGGACACUUCUGUUUAUUAUUGGAGGAGUUAAUACCUUAGCCCCUACACUGGCUGUUCUCAUCUCUUACGCUUUCAUUCUCUCUAGCAUCCUCCGUAUUCGCUCCACUGAAGGACGAUCCAAAGCCUUUGGUACUUGUAGCUCCCAUCUCAUGGCUGUGGGCAUAUUUUUUGGUUCUAUAGCAUUCAUGUAUUUCAAGCCCCCUUCCAGCAGUACUAUGGACCAGGAGAAAGUGUCCUCUGUGUUCUACACCACGGUGAUCCCCAUGCUGAACCCCUUGAUCUACAGCCUGAGGAACAAGGAUGUGAAGAAUGCAUUGAGGAAGAUGGUUGGGGGGAUGUAG